AUAAAAAAAAGAAAAAAACAUUACGUAAGCAGAAUGCUCUAAACGAGACGUCGUACCUCGUACCCGUCGUAUAGAACCCUGAAAAAUUCUUGCCUGCAGCGGCAGCGAGGGUGAAAAUAAUACACAAAAAGAGCUGCAAUACGAUAAGUGCCGAGGAAGUUGCAGGAGAAGAAGCAACUGGGGUAACAGGUUGGACGUGUUCUUUCUAAGCUUGAGGCCUUGCUGAGCGAUCACAAAACCAAACGGACCACUGAAUCAGUAGUGUGUGAAAAUGAGCAACGUUUUCGGGUCCAAUUCAAUCGACAUUCCGUCGAAAGAGUCCAUCUGGCAAGUCUUCCAGACCGUGAAGGACAUUCCAGGCUUAAACCUCGUGGAGAAAGCGUGGGCAAGCUACUAUGUUUACAUGGACAACGAUUUGUUUGCAACUGGUUUGCUAUUCUUCUUGCUCCAUGAGGUGAUGUAUUUUGGCAGAUGCUUGCCAUGGUACAUCAUUGACAGAACACCAUACUUCAAGAAGUACAAGAUCCAGCCGAACAUCUACCCGUCCGACAAGGAGCAGUGGGAGUGCACGAAAUCUGUGUUGAAAUCACACUUUUUCGUGGAAGCGUUGCCAAUCUGGUUCUUCCAUCCGAUUUGUGAGAAGAUUGGGGUUUCCUACGAUGUUCCAUUCCCUUCGUGGUCCAAGAUUGCACUGCAGGUGUCGAUCUUCUUCUUCUUGGAGGACGCAUGGCAUUACUGGUUCCACAGAGGUAUCCACUAUGGGUCCUUCUACAGAAUCAUCCACAAGCAACACCACAGAUACGCGGCACCUUUCGGGUUGGCUGCCGAAUACGCCCAUCCGAUCGAAGUCAUGCUCUUGGGAUUUGGCACUGUUGGCAUUCCGAUCGUCUGGUGCUACUUCACGAGAGACUUGCACUUGUUCACAAUCUGCAUCUGGAUUACCCUCAGGUUGUUCCAGGCCAUCGACGCACACUCGGGCUACGAGUUCCCGAUCUCGUUGCACCACUUCCUCUUGAUAUGGGCUGGCGCAGACCACCACGACGAGCACCACCACCACUUCAUUGGGAACUACGCGUCUUCUUUCAGACUGUGGGACUACUUCCUCGACACCGAGGCUGGCGACACUGCCAAGAAGACCAGGGAAAAACACAGCAAAACUAGGGCUGAACUGAUGGCCCAAAAGACGUGAUUCCGUCAUCUCUGGAUUUCCCCCUUUCCCCCUCCCUUAC